CGGUCUCUGGGCCGAGCUAGAGCGGGGCUGGAGGCCACGGGGGUCCCGCGCCGAGAAGCUGCCUGGCGCCGCCCUGCUGGGCUGGGCUCGAGCCCCGGAGUUUCCAGCACUGGGUGCCACCAAGGUUGUUCCCCUGCCCCGCAUCCCAGCUGGCUGCCUCCCUGCGCUGACCGUGCCAGGGGCCCAGCAGGAGACACGGCCCCCCGGCUGGCCUGGAGCGCAGCCCCUUCCCCACUCGUGUCUGACUCCAGCACCCACUGGCGAGCUAAGCCACUGGGGGGGGGCGGUGCUGCUAACUUGCCCCAUGCCUAGCAGGCUGGGGGGGAACAGCCCAAUUCCCCCAGGAGUCCACAGAAAGCAGGGACCCGGGCUGACAUGCAGGAGACACGCCUGCUGAAAGACACACUGCAAGGUGCAUUGGGUGCGAGGGUGCUGCUCUCAACCCGGCUUUCUCAGUGUCACUUUAAAAAAAAAACCUCAUACACCUACAAACCCAAGAAUGAGCGAAUGGUCUGCUGCUGUGUUAAAGACAGGCCUAGGCGCCAUGAAGCUGAACGACCGUAGCCUGGCAUUCUAUGCCACCUGCGACUCCCCCACCGACAAUGCCGGCUUCCUCUUCAAGAAGGGCGAGCGGAACACGGCCUACCACCGCCGCUGGUUCGUGCUGAAGGGCAACAUGCUCUUCUACUUCGAGGAGCGGGAGAGCCGGGAGCCGGUGGGCGUGAUCAUCUUGGAGGGCUGCACAGUGGAGCUCUGCGAGGCCACCGAGGAGUUCACCUUCGCCAUCAAGUUUGACUGCGCCAAGUCACGAACCUACGUCCUGGCGGCCGAGAGCCAGGCUGCCAUGGAGUCCUGGGUCAAGUCCCUGUCGCGUGCCAGCUUCAACUACUUGCGGCUGGUGGUGAAGGAGCUGGAGAAGCAGCUGGAGGAGAGGCAGUCAGGCCUGGCUGACAGCCGCAGCAUCCAAAGGAGGUCACCAAUUUACCGGAAAACCAAGUCGGCUCUCUGCUUGGACACCAUGUCUCCAGCUCUGGAGCUGCCACCUCCCCGGGAGAGACCCAUGGUGCCGCCUUGCGCCCCCCUGAAAGAGAACGGCUGUGCCGUGUGGAAUAACGUUCAGUGCAUGGAUACCCUGCCAGCUGGGGAUGUCCUCAGGGGCCUUGCUGACUCAAGGAGCGUGAGGACGUCUGCAGGCGGCAGCCACGAGGGGAGCGUGAAGCCACCUCCUUUGCCGCCUCGCAGACGCGCAUCAUCCGGCAAUACCUGUGGCCCCGGGGCCCUGGUGGCAGACAGCCCGGUGUGCCCAGGCACGCUGUGUUUCUCUAAGCUCCACGACUGGUAUGGCAGAGAGAUCACUGAGCUGAGGAGAGAGUGGCUGGAGAGCCAGGAGAGCCACAAACUGUGACGGAGGUUCUGGUGGGUGCAGGGGUGAGUGCAACGAGAUAAGGCCAGGGGGUGGGGGGGCUCAUUUGGAAAGACGAAGCCAUCUCUGAAGUUGGCCUGGCUGCGAGUGCCACCUGAGAGACUGUCACAUGCUGCCGAUCUGUCAGCGGGAUGGGGAACUCCUGCAUGCCGGGAACUUUGCCUGCCCGGUGUUGCAUGCCCAGCUCCAGCAGUGAUCCCGUCAGUCGCUGAGUCUUGUCUUCCCAUUGCCAGCAGCGGCUUUGAUGUGGAAGUGGAGACAGUUGGUUUUAAACUCUGCUUCUGGAUUUAGGUACCUGACCUGCUGCAUCCAAGCCUGACCUGCCCAUUGCUGGCAAUGGACUUCAUGGCACCUUGGGGACAAUGAGCUCUUCUGAGACGAAGUGGCUUUGUGUCCAAACCCCUCAGGCCAGUGUUGAUCACUGAGUGUCAUUUCCUGCACUAACACGGGGCUCAGGCACUUGCUGGUCCAGCACCACAGCUCAGCAGGGACACGCUUGGGGCUCUCAAAGCGUGUGUCGUUGCUUGCAGACUGCCCCUGUAACAGUAGGGUGACCAGAUGGCAACUGUGAAAAAACAGGACAGAGGGUGGGAGGUAAUAGGCACCUAUAUAAGAAAAAGUCCCCAAAAAGGGACUGUCCCUUUAAAAAUGGUCACUCUAUGUAACGGUCUUCCUGAAAUUAUUCUAGAGUCUGACAUCCCGUGAGUUGCUGGAGUCAGAAAAGAAUGUGCUAGAGCACCCGGGCAGCUAGAAUCGCUGCUUCCGGGGGGAUUUCUCGGCCUCUUGGUUUUGGAGACAGCAGCUGCUGAAAUCACAUCAGUGUGGAAGUAGGAGAAGCAAGAAAGUGACCGAGAUACUGUGAUUUUUACAGUCUGAUACCUUGUGACCUGUUGCCACUUUCCAUGAUGCCACCGGAAAGCUGGGACCCCAUUUAACAUUGGCCUAAAUAAUUCUUUCCAGCCCUCCUGGUUUUGUGGUACGGGACCUUUAAAAAUAUGGGCCUGCAUUAAUUCCUUUGGCCUAGCAAUGCUAGUUUUGGCACCGAUCCAGGCUGGAUUAUAGAUGGGUAAUUCUUAGUUCCUGGUUUGUGCCUAGUUCAUUCUUGGCCAGUGGUUUUCAGCCUGUGGUCUGCAGAGCCCGGGGAGCUCACAGACUGUGUCUAAGGAGUCCGGGAAAGGUGUCAUUACCAUAGAAUGGUGGUUUUCAACCUGUGGUCCGUGCUGCUGACCCCUUAAGAUUUCCAAAAGCGUCUGCAUCCCCAGACAACAUUGUUUUUUAGGGGUCUUCAAAUGAAAAAAGGUUGAAAACCACUUCUCUAGGCCAAAGAGCGGCACAAGCCUUGAUGUGAAUAUUUGUUCUAGGUCUGUGGUGUUCAGGAUUUAACAUUUUUGGUCUGGGCAGAAAGAAGGUCAAACAAUGCCACAGUUUCUUGGUUUUCCAGGUGAAAAUCAGCUGAGCAGGAUAAAAGCAUUUGUUCCUUAAAGAAGGAUGGUUUUCCUUCUUGAAACUAGAUCAGGCAACACGGCCAGGAGAGAAGGUGCUUUGCUAGAACAGGAGUUUGUUUUUUCCCUUCACCUAGCUGCUCCAGCUCUGGAAGCUGUUGCUGUGGUCCUGGGGGCUGCCCUGGCCUUGACCGCUGCCCCUGUUGCUGCACCCACUGCUCCUGCAGUGCCAGGGGCUCACCCAGGCCUGAAGCUGCUGCUCCAGCCCUGCCGAUG